AUGGCGAAAGUUGGACGGUCCUAUUCUUAUUUUAUCUAUAUAUUAUUGGAAUCAGCUGUCUAUCUCUUUCAACCAAUUCUUAUCUAUCUAUCUAUCUAUCUAUCUAUCUAUCUAUCUAUCUAUCUAUCUAUCUCAGUCUGUUUCCAUAUGUUGAUUACUUUCUUUCUUUUUGUCUAUCAUUUUUCUCUUUAUCUAUUUCCCGUUUCAUUUUUUUUAUUUUUCUUCUUUUUCUUUCUUAAUUAUUUCCUUGUCCUUUUAUUUUUCUUUCUUUUUUGUCUAAAUUAUACCCGAUUCUGCUGUGGCUUUUGCACUAUUUUUCUUUCUUUCUCUCUUUCUUUUUUUUUCUUUCUUUCUUUCACUUUAUCUUCUCUCCUUUCUGCUUCUCUUUCUUUCUUUCUUUAUUUCUUUAAAAUUCUCUCUGGUCUUGUAUUUAUUUUUUUCUGUUUACUUUCUUCUUAUCUGGGGAAAUUACGUUGCUACAACAUUUCUGCAAGGAAACAUCUUCUUCUUCUUCAUCUUCUUCUUCUUUGUCUUCUUCUUCAUCGUUUUUUCUUCUUCAUCUUCUUCUUCUUCCUCCUCCUUCUCCUCUUCUUCUUCUUCGUCGUCGUCGUCUUCUUCUUCUUCUUCUUCUUCUUCUUCUAUGUGCCAUGUACCUUCAGGAUUCUAUUCAUAUCUAUCUAUCUAUCUAUCUAUCUAUCUAUCUAUCUAUCUAUCAAUCUAUCUACCUAUCUAUCUAUCUAUGGGUCUAUUUCAGUCUAUCUAAGCCUAUUCAUAUCGAUGAAACUAUCUAUCUAUCUAUUUCAUCUAUCUAUGCCUAUUCAUAUCGAUGAAACUAUCUAUCUAUCUAUCUAUCUAUCUAUCUAUCUAUCUAUCUGUCUAUCUAUUUCAGUCUAUCUAAGCCUAUUCAUAUCGAUGAAACUAUCUAUCUAUUUCAGUCUAUCUAAGCCUAUUCAUAUCGAUGAAACUAUCUAUCUAUCUAUCUAUUUCAGUCUAUCUAAGCCUAUUCAUAUCGAUGAAACUAUCUAUCUAUUUCAUCUAUCUAAGCCUAUUCAUAUCGAUGAAACUAUCUAUCUAUCUAUUUCAGUCUAUCUAAGCCUAUUCAUAUCGAUGAAACUAUCUAUCUAUCUAUCUAUUUCAGUCUAUCUAAGCCUAUUCAUAUCGAAGAAACUAUCUAUCUAUUUCAGUCUAUCUAAGCCUAUUUAUAUCGAUGAAACUAUCUAUCUAUCUAUUUCAGUCUAUCUAAGCCUAUUCAUAUCGAUGAAACUAUCUAUCUAUUUCAGUCUAUCUAAGCCUAUUUAUAUCGAUGAAACUAUCUAUCUAUCUAUUUCAGUCUAUCUAAGCCUAUUCAUAUCGAUGAAACUAUCUAUUUAUUUCAGUCUAUCUAAGCCUAUUCAUAUCGAUGAAACUAUCUAUCUAUCUAUUUCAGUCUAUCUAAGCCUAUUCAUAUCGAUGAAACUAUCUAUCUAUUUCAGUCUAUCUAAGCCUAUUUAUAUCGAUGAAACUAUCUAUCUAUCUAUUUCAGUCUAUCUAAGCCUAUUUAUAUCGAUGAAACUAUCUAUCUAUCUAUUUCAGUCUAUCUAA